AUGGACCCUCCAGCGGCUAAGAAAAGGCGCCUCGCACCCAAGGAGCCUCCCCAGCCUCAGCCUGCCUUCCCUCCUCAUGAAUCAGUGCAGGAGGCGGUACCGACCGCCCCACCGCCUCCAGAGAGACAUGAGUUCGAGUCGUUCGCGAGGCAUCUGCAAGAUGCCGCCAUGCUAAUAUAUCGACAAUCCCAAAUAUCGCCAUACUCGAACGCUUCCGUCCUGAUACUCCGCUGGGAGGAAGAAAACGACGACAAAGAAGAUGCCGCUGCUGACCAGGACCUGGUGGCAUUCGAACAAGUCCUCCGAGAGAGGUAUAAUUACCCUACUGAGAGAUGGGACAUACCGACCGUGCCGAAUGCGAGCGUAAAACUGGGCGUCAAGCUACAAUCCUUCUUAGAGAGGCAGGCGCCAAACCAUCUCCUCAUCGUAUACUAUACUGGCUAUGCUUACGCUGGCGUGGAUAGCCAGCUCGUCUGGGCAAGCAAUUCGACAGAACAUGCUGCCAAAUUAAAAUGGAGCGGCCUGCGCUGUCUGUUUGACGAGUCGCCGUCAGAUAUGCUUUUGCUGCUGGAUAGUUGCGCAAUGAGAGAUGUACCAGCCCCAGGCAACGGCGCGAGCUUGAAGCAAAUCAUUGCCGCAACUGGACCUGAGAAGUCUGCUCAAGAGUUUCAGGGCCAAUCCUUCACAUCUUCACUCGCAGAUGCAUUUUUAAGGUUAAGCACAGGGCGGCCUUUUACAGCCGAACACUUAUGGCAUGAGGUUGCAUAUCAGCGCCAGCAGGAGCUGCUACAGAACUCUGGACUCACGAACGGUGCAUCGAAGGGAGUAUCGCUAGCUGAAAAGCUACCGAUAAUACAUACUCUAAGUCGUGGGAAAACUCAGAAUCUAAGUCUUGCCCCGUUGGUGUCUCGAUCAGAUUCUCCUGUACACGCCGAUGGUGAUGCACACCUGGCUGGGGCCUCCCAACAAGAACACGCCAUACAUCCAAAUACUGUUGCCGGUCUUACUUUCGACGAACCAAGAGUGCUGGUGUGCACCACAUUUGUUGGUGAAGCGAGCCCGGACAUGUCUUCCUUCAACCAAUGGCUUCACAAUAGCCCUGGUGUGCCUAAUAAAAUCGUCGUUGAGGGCAUGUUUCUCGGACCACCUACGAUGCUACUGAUUUCCAUGCCCGUGGCCGUCUGGAACGUCGUGCAGCACGACAAGGUCUGUUGCUUCCUGGGUUACAUAACCUCAAAGAACCUGACGCAUCUUUACAAGCAUCUCGUCGGAUCUGCUUCACCAGUAAAGGUGUCCCCAGAGGAUGGCCGCAUACUUCUGGAAGCACGCGAGGCUGCGUCAACGACUCCCAUCAUUCAUCGACAGGAGUACCACCAUACAGAUCAGAGUUACGUCCCAAGGCUUCCCGAGACUCCAAUACGGCUCGAUCUAGCGAGCCGAGGGGAUCCCAUGAGUCUCAGUCAGCCUUCGAUAUCCGGUGUCAAUCGUUUCCCGAAUUCUACGCCUACUAUUAACGUGGCAAAACUUGACGAUGGGGAAGACACUGCAGAAAUGCAGGAGGCAGCUGAGCAACUCAAAGCGCUAAGUCACGUUCGACACCGGAGCAUUUCUGAUGCUGCGCGCGCCCAUGCGUCGCUCAUGGAGCUGACACCGGAAGUCAAGCACGACGAAGGCGCCUCGCAUGAGGCUGAGGGAUCUGGUUUGGACGAGCAGCAAAAUACGCCAUCUGCCAAACCAAAACCACGUCGAUCCCUGGCCAAGGUCACGCCAAAACAAGAAACGCGAUGCGAUCUCUGCAGUCAUGCACCAUUCAAGGACUCGUCAUCACUACGGAAACACAUUGCAGCCGCUCACACACGCCCUUUUCCGUGUGCAUUUGCGUUUGCAGGCUGCACAAGUACGUUCGGCUCCAAGAACGAAUGGAAAAGACAUAUUGCAUCACAGCACCUGUGUCUGACCUAUUACCGAUGUUCAAGUUGCCCGCAAAGUACUGUCGAAGGCAAAGGAAAUGAAUUCAAUCGCAAGGACCUGUUUACACAGCAUUUACGACGCAUGCAUGCCCCCUUCGCCAUCAAGAAGUCAAUCACGAAAGGCGACAGCAAAUUACAGGUAGAAUGGGAAACGCAUGUCAAGGAGAUGCAAACGUCAUGCCUCAUCAUACGAAGGCAGCCACCACAACGCUCAGCGUGUCCGAAGUCAGACUGCGCAAGUGUCUUUGAAGGCCCUACUUCUUGGGACGAGUGGACAGAGCAUGUUGGCAGGCAUAUGGAAAAAGGCGAGGCUGCUAGACUCGGCGUCGACCGCCUCCUAGCGAAGUGGGCAUUAGACGCGGGUGUCAUCGAAAGGAAAGAUGAUGGAGAGUAUCGCUUGUGCAACGGGCCAGGACCCGGUGGAGAGAAGGAAUCAAGCAGCAAGCAUAACGGCGCCACUAAUCAUUCGGAUACAAAUUCGCGCGAAUCGGAAGAAAAGAUGGAAGAGAAAAUAACGGUCGCGACAAGUACGACGCCAGAGAAAAUGGAGGUGGACGAGUGA